GCCCACGGAGUCGAACACAGUGACGCCGAGGGGCGCGUCGGAAACCAGCAUCGUCUGCGGCCUGACUGCGCAGGCGCCCAGCUGUUGUCGGAGUCCUUCGUGGACUCCGGGACCCCGCUUCCCUUCGCCGGCGUUUUCGCCGUCGGCGCCCUCGACGCCUUCGUCCACGCGGAGGCAGCCAGCCGCGCGCUGGCGCCCACGACCGUCUCGACGGGGAGCCGCAACCCGAUCCGGACCAGCGCCCAGCCGCAGCACCGCCUCAGCG